AUGGCGCUUCCAAUGCCCAUAAUCGAUGCACUUGCCGCAGUCCAAGGCUCCUGUAAUGUUGCCGGCGGCUCUGCUGCGGCUAAUCUGGCUUGCAACAAUAAUUGCUUUUUGCAGGGAGGGGGGUGGAAAGGCGGGUAUUGUGAUGCUGGGUUAAUCUGUCAUUGUACGUUUUGA